ACGAUUGCUAGCCGAUGCGUACAAGUUACGUCACUUCCGACAUGCUCGGGUUAGAGCAUGCGUUAUCUCUCUUUUUCGCCGCCAUAUCGAAUUUCGUUGUUUGUUGUUGCUUCUACAAUAGAUUUACUCUUCCCGACGCCCGACUUUACAAGCACAUGACCACGCCUUUGACCACGCUACGUUCCACGAUUCGUUUUUCACAGACCUUAUAUCACACCGCAGCAGCCACCACGUCGAUGGCGUCAGUAGCUACUAUAGAUCUGACAGUGAAGGGAGAAUUUGUGAGGAAACCUACUGCAUUUCACAACAAGAUAACAGCUGAUGGCUCCAGCGGCUUCAAAGCAGAAGCAAAUCGCUACCACCUAUACGUCUGCUACGCAUGUCCUUUUGCAUCACGCACACUUGCCGUUCGCAAACUGAAGGGGUUGGAGAAGAUCAUUUCCUUAAAUGUCGUGGACUGGUUCUUGGACGAGGGAGGUUGGAAAUUUAAUCCAAACAGAGACGAUGUUACCACAGCUGACACGGUAAAUGGAUCAGAGAGACUGAGAGAGGUUUACUUGAAGGCGGACUCUUGUUACGCUGGCGCCAUCACCGUUCCUGUGCUGUGGGACAAGAAGACCGGAACGAUCGUGAACAACGAGUCCGCCGAGAUCAUACGCAUAUUCAACUGCGAGUUCAAUGAGUUCUGCGCGACACCCGAGCAGGCGGCUCUGGAUCUGUACCCGCAGCCGCUGCAGGCCGAGAUUGACGAGUUCAACUCUUGGAUAUAUCCGACCAUUAACAAUGGAGUUUAUCGUUGUGGAUUUGCAAAAUCACAAGAGCCUUAUAACGUUGCUGUUCAUCAAGUGUUUGAGUCGUUGGAUAGGGUGGAGGAAAUCUUAUCCCGCAAACGGUACCUGUGUGGCAACCAGCUGACUGAAGCAGACAUACGGCUGUUUGUGACCCUGGUCAGGUUUGACCAGGUUUACCACGGACACUUCAAGUGUAACAAGAAAUGCUUGAGAGAGUAUCCAAACUUAUGGGGGUACACUAGAGACAUCUACCAGCAUCGCGGCAUCGGAGAAACUGUUAACAUUGAGCACAUCAGAAAUUGUUACAUGGCAAGCCAACUUAAUAUAAAUCCCUUUGGAAUCAUUCCGAUUGGACCAGAUUUGGACUUUGAGGCACCACACGGCAGAGAAAACAUGAAGUGAUGGAGAAAUUGUCUUAAACCACCGCCCAGUAGUCUACUCUCAUGUACUUUAGUUGUAUUGAAUUGUGAGUAAUUGAAAUGACUUUUAGUUAUUUUGCUGUUUACUGUAUUUUUAUUAGCUCAUCUGACAUAAGCCUCGUUCACACGAGACCUCGUAUUUAUGAAAU